AUGCAUAUCAGAAUGAGUGUGCGUACGAGAAGAAUGAUUUGCUGCGUAAUAAUACUGUCACUAUGUGUUUUAUAUUUGUAUACAAAUCGAACUUUGUAUACGAAUGUCCGUGAUAGAAAUGUUUCUUUGAAGCUUCUGCUUGCUGCUGCUAUAAAAGCAGCCGAGCUCGGUGGUUCUGAAGUUAUAGCAGUUCACGAUCAAGUUAAAUUUGAGAUAGAAAGCAAAGGAAAAACGAAAGAAGGUGUCAAUGAUCCAGUAACAGAAGCAGACUACAGAUCCCAUUGUGCAAUGUAUCACUCUCUGGUAGAAGCAUUUCCAGGUAUAACAGUAAUAUCCGAAGAAACAUCAAAAGACUGUGAUAAAGUUACAGUGUCUGAUAUAAAAAACUCUGUUAAUAGUUUAAUCGAUUAUCAGAUUACGGAUGAAACUGUGAAUGCGAAUGACAUUACAGUUUGGAUUGAUCCCCUUGAUGCAACAAAAGAAUUCACAGAAAACUUGUUGCAAUAUGUGACAACUAUGGUUUGCGUUGCUGUCAAAGGAAAACCUAUAAUAGGUGUAAUAUAUAAGCCAUUUGAAACCAAACAAAACUCUAGUCUCUUUUGGACAUGGACAAGUCAUGCAGUGUCACGAAAUUUGCAAGUUCUUCCUAAGCUGGAAGAUGAUAGAACACCAGUCUUAAUUGUAUCACAAUCACAUGCUGGACAAGUUCAUAAUGUUACCAAAAUUGCAUUUGGUAAAGGUAUUGAUAUUGUCUCUGCAGCUGGUGCAGGCUUCAAGUUUUUAGAAGUUGUAAGUGGAAAUGCAACUGCCUACGUUCACAUAACAGCAAUAAAAAAAUGGGAUAUUUGUGCAGGCACUGCAAUUCUUACUGCUCUUGGUGGUACAGUCACACAAUUGUUUGACCAGCAAAUUAUAAGUUUUGGUCCCAGCGAUUCCAGAGUACUUACAUUGGGUCUUCUAGCUACUAUGAGUAAUCAUGCUUGGUAUUUAGACAAAUUCUCAAAUAUUUAA